GGAAGGCUUUCAUACUGUUUUUCAAAAGUACUGCAUGUAAGAAUGCUGGAAAGGGGAGUGCAAGAAAGAACUAUGUUGACAGAAUGGGAUUAAAAGAAAUGGUUUGUUCUGAGGUACCACGGGCUGUGCAUUAACCCCACCCUCCUCUCUUGCACUUGGCUAUUUUGGGCUGGCAGCAUGAGCCAGAGCUCUGACAGAUGAGCACUCAGAAACACAACACAGCACUGUAGCACUUGUUGCUCUGAACACCAAUGUAAGCUUCUCCUGCUUUGCCUUUCUUGUCCUUUCUGGUUUAUUUUGUUUACAGUUUCAUAAUUAGGAAAAUUAUUGUCGGAGUUAGUGGAAGUUUCAAAAGCAGCAGGAGGAGCAAAGGGAUUGGGUGGAGAAGGAGCAGGAAGCCUCUCAAGUCCUGUGGGUAAAAGGCAAAGCCGUGUUGGCCCUGGACCCUUUACAGAGCAAGAACAGCUCCUUGCCUGGGGCGAUCAGAAAUGAGCGAUUCGUCUCCUGCCAAUGGAGAAGGAAAAGACCCUGAAAUUGAACUCUUUGUCAAGGCUGGCAUAGAUGGAGAGAGUAUUGGGAACUGUCCAUUCUCACAGCGUCUUUUCAUGAUACUUUGGCUCAAAGGGGUUGUAUUCAAUGUAACCACCGUUGAUCUGAAAAGAAAGCCUGCUGAUUUACAUAAUUUAGCUCCGGGGACCCACCCACCAUUUUUGACUUUUAACGGAGAAGUCAAGACUGAUGUUAACAAGAUUGAGGAAUUUUUGGAGGAAACUCUAUCACCUCCAAAAUAUCCUAAGCUUGCAGCCAAGCAUCGUGAAUCCAAUACUGCAGGCAUAGACAUAUUCUCCAAAUUCUCUGCAUUUAUCAAAAACACAAAGCAGCAGGACAAUAACAGUCUUGAGAAAGGGUUAACAAAGGCUUUGAAGAAGUUGGAUGACUAUCUGAGAAAUCCUUUGCCUGAAGAGAUAGACACAAGCAACACUGAAAAGGAAAGAGUGUCAAAACGCAAUUUUCUUGAUGGGGAUGAGCUGACCCUUGCUGACUGUAACCUCCUGCCCAAGCUUCAUGUUGCCAAGAUUGUAACAAAGAAAUACAGAAAUUAUGAAUUCCCAGCAGAAAUGACAAGACUGUGGCAAUACCUGAACAAUGCUUAUGCUCGGGAUGAAUUCAUCAACACUUGUGCUGCAGACAAAGAGAUUGAAAUAGCUUAUGCAGAAGUAGCUAAACGGCUUUGCAAAUCCUAAUCAGAAUCAGCAAGAUCCAUUUCUCCAGAGAAUUCCUGUUUUAUAGACGCUUCUCCCCAAAUGCCUUAAAAUAUGUAUGUAUGGAAGUUGGAUAACUUUGACGAAAUUGAUAAUUUUUCUGGAUGCAUCUUGACCAAUAUUUCACUGAUGAAAUACUGAGUAAAGACAGUAUGGAAUAGAGAAAGCACAACUCCAAAUUAUUAUGUUUUAUAAUUUAUGAUUUGGUGGGAGUACUUGGAGAGAGGGGGACCUUCCUUUUUCUUAGAGAAAAUUUAGGACAGGAAAACAUUUCUGAAAUCUUUACCAAUAAACUGGAAGAAAUGCUAUAUGGUCCACAGAUAUCAUUUGGCUUUAUUCAUAUAUUUGGGCUAAAAAUUUAAAGGUAAAUAUAAAGUAAAAUUUUGCCUUAUUUCUUGCAAAUGUUUUUUCAUGCACACUAAUUAUGAUCUAUCUGAAAAUAUUGUAUGCUGCAGUUAGGAUUGGGAAGCUUAAAUUUGGAAGGAAACUAGGGAUGAGAGUAAGAAAAUGUAUCUUAAGCAGAAUGUUGCUUUAGGACUAUUUAGCAUAAUUUACGGCCUUCAUGCAUCCGGUUUUCUUCCAUGUAGAAGAUGGAAGCAUUGAAAUAGUGAUUCAAAAAUGUUCUAUAUCUUCAUGACUUCAUGUUAGAAGGAGUGAUAUAGGAACAAGAUCUAGAUAAUCUUAAAAUCUCACUAAUGUUCUGAACUUUAUUAUUUUGUCAUACAUGCAGUCUUUGCAGAAAAAGUUGUGCUUUAAGACAAUGAGUGCUUUGUUCUGCCAAUUGUUCACCACUUGUAAUGAAAUGUAGAGGUUGAUUUCACAUUCUUUUGGCACUUUGCAAGAGAAAAAAAUUGAAUAUUAUAUAGCAGGUCUGCCAACUAAGUUGGAUAACAUCCAGUUGCACUCUUUUAACUUCAGUAAAGGAGAGAUUCACAUUUUCUAUUAUUUUCUUUAAGCCAUAAAAACAAAGAAAGAUUUUUGUUUAUAAAAUCUUUAUUUGA